AUGGGCGUGACCCAGGGCUUUGGCGGCUUCCCGGCGGGAGCAAGUGCGCUGCCAGCCAGGGCCGCUGGACAGACGCCUCGUGCAGUGCAGUGGCAUGGACAUGGACGUGGACGACUGUUGUCGGCGCCGGUCGGGGCAUGUCAUGCAGACAGCUAUGGACGCGGACAGGUGCGCCCCCUCACCCGCGUCAGCCCAUGUGUGCGAACGAGGAGAGGCCCUGCCGACGUCGGCCUCUGCCUCUGCCUUUCUGACGCCGAGCGAGUGCAGCAAAGGGACGGAGCCGCGUGGCGCAGCGGGGCAGCGGGCGGGUGGGUGAGCAGGCAGGCAGGCAGGCCGAUGCGUAGUGUAGAGUGUUGUGUAUAUGUACGCAGCGCACAGCAGCGGGCUGGUGCGUCCAUUACAUAUCCAUCAUCUGCCAGCCGUCUCUGGUGGCCGCCGUCCAGCCAGCACUGUGGCGGCGCGUCUGCGUGCGCUGGAGAAACCGGAGAAAGCAGUGCAAAAAGUGGUGGUGGCGCGGGAGCUAGCAGCGCGCUAGGCCCAGAACGGCAUGGCAGUCCAGCCCGUGAGCAGCAGCCAUGUUCAGCGCUCCUCCACCACGGCGUCGACUGA